AUGGUUGUCACAGAGACCAUCGAAAAUACCUCCUUGAACGAUUCGGCGCAGUUAUUAAUGAAUUCGAUUAAUCGCAACAUGAUAUUUCCUCCUCAUUAUAACAGUCCCGAAGAAUUGAUCAAUCCGUCAAAGGCCAAGACCUCGGGGAUACCGAGACCGCCGAAUGGCUUUUUGUUAUGCAGAAAGAACGUGCACAAACAAGCAAAACAACAUGGAAUAUGCAAUAUGAGAGUCAUAAGUAAGGUCACCGGAAUGCUUUGGAGGAGUGCCACGCCGGACGAGAAAGAACAAUACGAAAAGCUUGCAAUGCAAGUUCAAAAUUUGCACUCUGUAAGGUAUCCAGGAUACAAGUACAAACCGGCGGCUCGCACGAAGCCUCCAACUUACCGCCACAAAAACCAACGACACCAACAUCAACCCUAUCCAAUUCCGCAACCAACCAUGGACGUGCCAACGCAGAUUCAAGCUCCAAUGGUUCCUUAUUAUCAAAUAUUUCCGACGCUCGGUGAUUUCACCCAAGAGAAUAUCGACAUACUUUCCCUACUUUACUAUCCAUACGAUCGAUUUGCGGAAACGGAAACCUUCUUCUUUCUAGAGAUUUCACCUCGGAUCAUCCGCUUUCUCCUGUGGGCGUAUCAUUUCAUCUAUCAUUGUAAU